AUGAGUUUAGAAGCCUUAUCGGGAAUUACAAGCUACAAUUCCGAGGAUUACGAGCGACUCGCCUACGACGAGAGUCUGCAGAAGUAUUGCACCAAUUUCAAGAAUGGCAUGAACUUGGCCGUUCCGCCUUUUCCCGAUCCCAGCAAUAACUUCGCGAGAUUCACCAAGGAUGAUAACGGCCGCGAGAUCAAAAUUAAAUUCGACCACGGUACCACUACGUUGGGAUUCAUGUACAAAGGGGGCGUAGUCCUCGCAGUGGAUUCCCGAGCGACUGGUGGCCAAUUCAUUGGAUCACAAACCGUCGAAAAAAUCAUAAAAAUCAACAGUUUUUUACUAGCUACAAUGGCAGGAGGCGCUGCUGAUUGCACCUACUGGGACCGAGUACUAGCUAAACAAUGUAGGUUGUACGAACUGAGAAACAGGGAACGUAUUUCGGUGGCUGCGGCUUCCAAGUUAAUGGCCAAUAUGGUUUAUAAUUACAAAGGAAUGGGUUUGUCCAUGGGAAUGAUGUUGGCUGGAUGGGACAAAAGGGGUCCUCAACUCUACUACGUUGAUUCAGAAGGUCUCAGGACAUCCGGAAAAGUGUUCAGCGUAGGUUCCGGAUCAAUUUACGCUUUUGGUGUGCUGGAUUCGGGUUACAAAUGGGACUUAUCCGAUGAGGAGGCUUACGAUUUGGGUCGUAGAUCGAUUUACCACGCUACUCACAGAGACGCCUAUUCGGGAGGUAUUGUUAGAGUGUACCACAUGAAAGAGACCGGUUGGGUGCAUAUCGAUGAUAACGAUUGCAUGGACUUGCAUUACAAGUUUGAGGAGGAAAAGGAGAAAAUGGGAGGCGCUUGA